GGUCAGCCACCUUCAGGGACAGUCAGCAAUCCAGAAGCCGCUGCACCAUGAGUGUCUCUGUGCUGAGCACCCCCAGAGCCCUGGGCGGUGUCUCUGGGCUCCUGCAGGUGGCCUCCCUGCUCGGCCUGGUUCUGCUUCUGCUCAAGGCAGCACAGCUCUACCUGCACAGACAGUGGCUGCUCAAAGCCCUCCAGCAGUUCCCGUCUCCUCCUUCCCACUGGCUCUAUGGGCACAUGCAGGAGUUCCAAGACGAGACCGAGCUGCAACCCCUACUGAAGUGGGUACAGAAGUACCCAAGUGCCUGUGCUCGCUGGCUGUGGGGGACGAAAGCCCUGGUGUUGAUCUAUGACCCUGACUACAUGAAGGCGGUCCUGGGGAGAUCAGACCCAAAGUCUCACGAUUCCUACAGAAUGCUGAUCCCCUGGAUUGGGAAUGGUUUGCUUGUGUUGGAGGGGCAGACGUGGUUCCAGCACCGGCGGAUGCUGACCCCAGCCUUCCACUAUGACAUCCUGAAGCCCUACGUGGAUCUCAUGGCCGACUCUGUCCGAGCAAUGCUGGACAAGUGGGAGGAGCUCGUCAGCCUGGACUCACAUCUGGAGGUCCUUGGACACGUCUCCUUGAUGACCCUGGACACCAUCAUGAAGUGCGCCUUCAGCCACCAGGGCAGCAUCCAGACAGACAGGAAAAUCCAAUCCUACAUCCAAGCCAUCAAGGACCUCAGCAAUCUGAGUUUUUCCCGGGUGAGGAAUAUCUUCUACCAGAACGACAUCAUCUACAGGCUGAGCCCUGAAGGCCGCUGGAGCCACCGCGCCUGUCAGCUCACCCAUCAACACACAGAUGGAGUGAUCAAGAUGAGGAAGGCUCACCUGCAGAAGGAGGGAGAGCUGGAGAAGGUGAGGAGCAAGAGGCACCUGGAUUUCCUGGACAUCCUCCUCUUCGCCAGAAUGGAGAAUGGGAGCAGCUUGUCUGACAGGGAGCUCCGUGCCGAAGUGGACACGUUCAUGUUUGAGGGUCACGACACCACAGCCAGUGGCAUCUCCUGGACCCUCUAUGCUCUGGCCUCCCACCCUGAGCAUCAGCAGAGGUGCCGGGAAGAGAUCCAGAGCCUCCUGGGGGAUGGCGCAUCCAUCACCUGGGACCACCUGGAACAGAUGCCCUACAUCACCAUGUGCAUCAAGGAGGCACUGCGACUCUAUCCACCAGUGCCGUUCAUUUUCAGAGAUCUGAGCAAGCCCAUCACCUUCCCUGAUGGACGCUCCUUACCUGCAGGAGUCCCGCUCUCCCUCUUCUUUUAUGGGCUUCACCACAACCCGAAGGUGUGGCCGAACCCAGAGGUGUUUGACCCAUCCCGGUUUGCACCAGGUUCUUCUCAACACAGCCAUGCUUUCCUGCCCUUCUCAGGAGGAUCCAGGAACUGCAUCGGGAAGCAGUUUGCCAUGAAUGAGAUGAAGGUGGCCGUGGCCCUGACCUUGCUUCGCUUUGAGCUGGCACCCGAUCCCUCCAGGGUCCCUGUUCCCAUUCCAAGAGUUGUGCUGAAGCCCAAGAAUGGGAUCCACUUGCAGCUCAGGAAGCUCCUGUAAUGCUUGUUGGAGACAAGGAUGAGCUCUGAGGGCCCCUGCCUGCCAACCUGUCUCGCUGUCACUCUCUCCCGUCCUUGCCUCUGUGCCCAUUU